AUGCCAUACGUGGAUGGUGUCCCUGUCAGCGCUAUUCGGACUCCCGUCCUAGCAGCAGGGACGGGCCAGGAGAUCAGCCUCGCGUACAUUUUGCAGGGUAUAGAUACGGAUAUCAAUUCAGGAUUUUACUACAAUGGGACAACAAACAUCGUGAUACGCUGGGAACAACCAGUAGAGUGGGUGACGAAUUUUGGCUUGUUAUCUGAAGCCGAAUUCAAUGCAUCUUACAAUGGCAGUGCAGGCUGUGUUGCGCCAACCACAUCAUUAAGUCCAUUUGGCUAUGUUCGAGUGGACCCUGGAACAAUACUUACCCACCCCAUUUUCUAUACUACAAGCACCGACUACUCCAGCUUGAUUCAACUCUGUGGGCCCCCAACCACAUUCUACUCGUUCGUGGCCCUGACCAAUACAGUCGACGGCAGCCUCGCUUGGGCAGCAACUGACUGGGUGGCUGCCAAUAAUGCUACCAACCCUAUCUGCCCGGACUCCCCCACUGCCUGGGGCUAUAUCAAGUUCGGCAUAGGCUACUGCCCCUGCCCGGCUCAGCCCCCGCCGCCAAGUCCCCCACCUCCGCCACCUAUGCCGCCUGCACCAUCCUGCGGUGUCAUACUGACAACCAGCCAAGGUGUACCAGUAUCGGGUAUCAGGGCCCCAUUUCGAUCCAGCCGAACCGGGGAGGAGAGCCCUAAAUCCCCCAAGGUGCCCAAGGCGCCCACCCCACCAAAAGCGCCCAAGGCGCCCAGCCCACCAAAGGCGCCCAAGCCCCCGAAGGUUCCCAAGGCACCGCAGCUCUCACCCCCACCCCCAUUCGGCGGGGGCAACACCUUCCUUGUGGACAACUUCCCCUUCUUCGCGUCCUGCAGUGUCCGUGACACUAACCUGAGGCCGCCGUACCGAGCAUCAACGCCAACAGGGCCCGUUAACCUCACCUCCACCACCGCCACCUACUGCUUCCACCUGGUAGCCACGAAUAGCAGCGGCAGCCCCUGUGCGGGAAUGAACAUUAACAGACUCGAGUUUAUCGUCAACAGCACUUGUGUCAACGAGGAGCCCAAGGCGCUACGCGCCGCCACCGUCAACGGUAAUUCAGUUUACCCACUUUUCAGCCCCAAGACCUGGAAGGGCGAGUUGUACGGCAUGAUGACGUUCCGCCGCCUGAGCGAUAUCUUUCCCACAACCCCCUCCGGUGGCUUGUACAUCUGCUUGGAGCUGGGUAGGACCAGUCGCUGCAGCACGCUGGCAGGGCUGUGCUACGGCCGCAGCAGCUGUGUGUUCGCGAUAUCGGACACGGAUUUCACCUGUUGUGCCACGAGCCAAGCACCGGCCUCAUGA